AGGAGGAAGUGUCAUGGCGUCGAGCCGUGGAGCUUCUUCUCGCUGGUUCUUUACUCGGGAACAGCUGGAGAACACGCCGAGCCGCCGCUGCGGAGUGGAGGCGGAUAAAGAGCUUUCGUACCGCCAGCAGGCGGCCAACCUCAUCCAGGACAUGGGACAGCGUCUCAAUGUCUCUCAGCUUACAAUAAACACUGCGAUUGUUUAUAUGCACAGGUUUUAUAUGCACCAUUCUUUCACCAAAUUCAAUAGAAAUAUAAUAUCACCUACCGCAUUAUUUUUGGCUGCAAAAGUGGAAGAACAAGCUCGAAAACUUGAACAUGUUAUCAAAGUAGCACAUGCUUGUCUUCAUCCUCUAGAGCCACUGCUGGAUACUAAAUGUGAUGCUUACCUUCAACAGACUCAAGAACUGGUUAUACUUGAAACCAUAAUGCUACAAACACUAGGUUUUGAAAUCACCAUUGAACACCCACACACAGAUGUGGUGAAAUGUACCCAGUUAGUAAGAGCAAGCAAGGAUUUGGCACAGACAUCCUAUUUCAUGGCUACCAACAGUCUACAUCUUACCACCUUCUGUCUUCAAUACAAACCAACAGUGAUAGCAUGUGUAUGCAUUCAUUUGGCUUGCAAAUGGUCCAAUUGGGAGAUUCCUGUGUCGACUGAUGGAAAGCAUUGGUGGGAAUAUGUGGAUCCUACAGUUACUCUAGAAUUAUUAGAUGAGCUAACACAUGAGUUUCUACAAAUAUUGGAGAAAACGCCUAGUAGGUUGAAGAGGAUUCGAAACUGGAGGGCUAAUCAGGCAGCCAAGAAACCGAAAGUAGAUGGACAAGUAUCAGAGACGCCGCUACUUGGUUCAUCUUUGGUCCAGAAUUCCAUUUUAGUAGAUAGUGUCACUGGUGUGCCUACAAAUCCAAGCUUUCAGAAACCAUCUACAUCAGCAUUCCCUGCACCAGUACCUCUAAAUUCAGGAAAUAUUUCUGUUCAAGACAGCCAUACAUCUGAUAAUUUGUCACUGUUAGCAACAGGAAUGCCAAGUACCUCAUAUGGUUUGUCAUCACACCAAGAAUGGCCUCAGCAUCAAGAAUCAGCAAGGACAGAACAGAUAUACUCACAGAAACAGGAAACAUCUUUGUCUGGUAGCCAGUACAACAUCAACUUCCAACAGGGGCCUUCUAUACCACUGCAUUCAGGAUUACAUCACAGGUCUGACAAAAUUUCUGAUCAUUCUUCUAUUAAACAAGAAUAUACUCAUAAAGCAGGGAGCAGUAAGCACCAUGGGCCAGUUUCUGCUACUCCUGGAAUAAUUCCUCAGAAAAUGUCUUUAGAUAAAUAUAGAGAAAAACGUAAGCUAGAAACUCUCGAUCUGGAUGUAAGAGAUCAUUAUGUAGCUGCCCAGAUAGAACAGCAGCACAAACACAUGCAGUCACAGGCAGCCAGCAGCAGUUCUGUAACUUCUCCCAUUAAAAUGAAAAUUCCCAUCACAAAUACUGAGAAACCAGAAAAAUACAUAGCAGAUAAAAAGGAAAAGAGUGGCUCACUGAAAUUACGGAUUCCAAUACCACCCACUGAUAAAAAUGCCAGUAAAGAGGAACUAAAAAUGAAGAUAAAAGUUUCAUCCUCAGAAAGACACAGCUCUUCUGAUGAAGGCAGUGGGAAGAGCAAGCAUUCAAGCCCCCAUAUUAGCAGAGACCAUAAGGAGAAGCACAAGGAGCAUCCUUCAAACCGCCACCACACCAGCAGUCACAAGCAUUCCCACUCCCAUAGUGGCAGCAGCAGUGGGGGCAGUAAACAGAGUGCUGAUGGAGUACCGCCCACUGUUCUGAGGAGUCCUGUUGGCCUGAGCAGUGAUGGCAUUUCCUCUAGUUCCAGCUCUUCAAGGAAGAAGCUGCAUAUCAAUGAUGCAUCUCACAACCACCACUCCAAAAUGAGCAAAAGUUCCAAAAGUUCAGGUAGUUCAUCUAGUUCUUCCUCCUCUGUUAAGCAGUAUAUAUCCUCUCACAACUCUGUUUUUAACCAUCCCUUACCCCCUCCUCCCCCUGUCACAUACCAGGUGGGCUACGGACAUCUCAGCACCCUCGUGAAACUGGACAAGAAGCCAGUGGAGACCAACGGUCCUGAUGCCAAUCACGAGUACAGUACAAACAGCCAGCAUAUGGACUACAAAGAUACAUUCGACAUGCUGGACUCGCUGUUAAGUGCCCAAGGAAUGAACAUGUAAUCAUUUGUUUGGGGCAAUUUUUCCUUUCCUUUUUUUAAUUUAAGAAUUGUUAGAAAGGAAAACUUCUCGUGAUCUAGCAGUGGUAGCACCUGCUGUUGCUGCCACUGCUUCAAUAUUUGUAAGUGCUGCUUUAUUCUUCAUUCUGAAAAGAAGAGGUUAUAGUAAACAAGUCUUUAUCUCCACAUAUGAUAGUGUUAUAAAUACUGUAAAAGCAUGGAAGGUGCAAAACUCAGUAUUGCCACAAUUGCAGCUAAGAACAUUAGGAUGAAUGGCUGGCUGCUUCUAGGAGUAUAAGAUGCCUCAAGCAUUCUUUAUUUAUAAUUUGAAAACUGUAGCUAUUUUUUGUUGUUGUUGCUUGGCUUUUGAAUGAGUGUAAAUUGUUUUCUUUUGUUUAUUUAUAUUUGUAUGUAUGAUUUGCAUGUUUCAAUGAUAAAGGGAUAAAACAGUAUACUGACAACUGUUUACAAGAAAGUGGAGAAAAAUGUACAUACAUUUUUGUAUGUUUAGAUAUUACCAUAAAUACUCAGGAUUGGAGCUGCUUGUAAGUAUAACAAUAUACAGAAUAACUUUAUUUUAUCUUGUGUCAGAGUCCAUCACUAAUCUAAAAAAAAGGUGGCACUUUUUCAUGUUAACCUUAAACUCUAGGCCUUACUGGAAGCCACUGAAGGGGGGUGGGGGGCACUUCACUAUGAGAGGGGUGUACAGUGCCACAGAUGGUCAUUUACACUGUGGGGCACUGAACUUUUGCCUUCAGAGGUUCUGACCAGAUUGGCUGCUGAAAUAGCCCCUAAUUUUCUGAAGGCUUGAAGAAGAAAAAAUAAAGUUUACAUACUCUUGAUGUGAAGUGCAUUUAAAAAUUUGUUGGCUUGUUGCAGUACUAUAAACACAGAGCUGUUAAUAAUGGUUAUGUAGAUUACUGUGAUUUGAAAACUAAAUUCACAAAGACUGACAUAGUGAAGAAUUAGUAAGUUGUUUUCUUAAGCAAGGAACUUUAACACUACAUGUUUUAACAGUAAACAGGGAUCGCUUUUCCUUUAGUAUUCAGAAUGACAGCAUAUUUUUAAACACACACCUCCCCUGAAGCGUGUUUGUGUGAUGCCAUAUUUCUUUUUCAGGUGAAUGCAGUCUUCCUUAUAAAAAUGAAAUAAACCCUAUUGCUCUCCAUUCUUUUUUAUUCUAACAAUAAAUUAAAAAAAAAAAAAAAGAUAACUGACUGUGCAUUGUUACCUGUAUUAAUAGCUUAUGGUUGUUACCAGGAAACUCUGCAGAGAAAAAAAGGUCAGCCUCCAGGUAAACCAUUAGUGAAGGUUUUACAUUUGUUUGCACGUCUCAGUCUGUUCCUGUUGAGAUGAAGUUUGCACAGUCAUCUGACUUCUGAACAAACUUUGAACAGACUUUAACUUGUUUAAAGUUUCUCUUAAAAUGCCAUUAAUAUGGCUCUGAUUUAUCAGCUUAUCUUGAAUUUAUUCUGUGGUAAAUCUUUGAGCGGUUGAGUAUCUCUAAGCUGGGUUCUAUUCAACUUACAUUGAACUGAAAACUGUCUUAAUUUUUCCUCUGUGUAUAUGAAUUAUUUUUGUUACAAAGCCACUGAUAUGUGCAUAAUUGUAAUUUUACUCAAGUCUGUUGCAGUUGUAAAUAUUAGAAUUUAAUCUCAUGCUUUACUUUUAUUUAGCAGUUACCCACUUUGCCAGUAGCUUUAUAAUUUUAAGAUAAUUGUUCAUUCUUUUGUCAAUGUUAUUUGAACUUAGAAUAAUAAGAGCCUAUUUAGGGACUUUGCCUAGCUAGCUUGUCCUAACAUUUGUUCUUGUCUGGCAUAACUUUAGUAACUUUGUCAUUACAUGUAACUUUGUUGCUCUGUGUGGCAUAAUGUAUUCAUAAACAUGGUAAUUUUGAUACAGUUAAACUUUUACAGUGGUACAUAAUCCAAGGACUAGUGUAGAAUUAAGCCGAGUGCAAGAUGAGGGAGGGAAGGGUUUUGUUCUUGGUCAUUUAGAUGUGAAAAAGAGCUAUCAUGUGAAACAGCAAAGGGUGGUUGUGCUACUGUAUAAUUGGGAAUGAUAAUACCAGGAGUUUUAAUAAGAUUUUGUAAAGAAUAUCCAGAAAAGUAGUGAACUUAUUUUCAGUAUGACAUAGAAAACAAUGUGAAUAUUUAAGGUCUGUGACUAUACUUAAACUUCACUAAAAAUUUGCAGAAUUGUUUUGAGAUGUGGGAAUAAAGGUAAUUUUGUGGAAUUUUUAUUGGUGCUAAUGAUGGACAGUUAAACAAGGUAGCUAGUGUAUAUUGUUAUGGGUCAGUACUUAUUAGUACUUCCAAAAUUGAAUUUGAAAUGCUAUGUAUUCACUUUUCACUCUGUAAAUGUAAUUCUUUACAAUGACUAUUUAUUAAAGGGCAGCCAGUUGUAAUUUUUACAGGAUUGUGUGAGCUAUUCAAACUCUUUAACCUCUAACAGGGUAUAAUAAGCUUCCAAAACAACAAUGGGGAUAAAUAUGGAAGUCCUGAGUUUCAUUUCCAUUAAAUGAAAACCCUUAUAAUUCAUAUUACCAUGAAUUUACUUUAUCUCAGUUACGAAAAAUAGUUCAUCAUCCUGGUCCCAACAGACUCAACCAAAGAAAAAGACUACAGUGAAUGGAUGUUAUUACUGAGUCUUACAAGUAGCCAUAAAUAAACCAAAAUAGUAUCAUCAAAUUUAGAUAUGAAAAUUCCACAUGUGCGAAGUAAUGUUAAGGUGACACAUUUUGAUGAGACUUUUUUAAAUUUUGAAAUAUUAAACAUCCUAUAGAAUUUAAACAUCCUAUAGAAGAGUGAUCUGUUUUUAAGUUGUAUUUUCCCUAGAUUACAAAUCUGUUACCUUUAUGCAGAAACACGUUGCAAAGAAAGGCUUUACUUCUACCUCUUUGAACUAAUUCUCAACAUUGAGCUAUGCCCCUAAAUAUUUGCCUUAGCUACUUUUAAAUCUGGUGUUAUCUGGAACCAAAGCAAAAGAGGGUGUUGGUUCACAGAAACAUUCUCAGAGGCCUACUUUUACCAGACUGUUGGCAAGGCCUUGCAAAGUUUCCUAGUUCCCCUUGUUUAACAUGAAAUCCAUUAGUUGUUGCAGGGGUUUACUGGAAAGUCAUGUAAUUAUCCCUAGGUUCAUCUUUGAAAGCAGUUACAUGUACUUGAUCUUCCUCUGUGUAUGCAGAUUCAUUCUGGUUAAAAUUCUUAAUAUUGAGAGUCAUGUAUAGAAAAUUCUACCUUGUCUUGAGGGACUGCUUGCAUUACUUUAUACCAACAGAUUGUACUUAUGUAUUACUUUUUUGGCCUGUCUGUUCUCUUGGAACUAAAGAAACGACUAGCUGAGGUCUACUUCAGAGAACCAAAUUUAAAAUGUUUUUGUCAGUUACAAAAUGCCUUGCCUUAAAAGCAUUUCAAGCACAUUUUUUUAUACUUGAGAAUAUAAAUUGCUGAUUUUUAUUCCUUAACCAACCUUUGAAAUAAGGAAUUUGAAACUGCUUAUAUAUGCGUGAAUAUUAUGUACUAUUUAAGUGCCCUUGGUUGAUUAGAUAUUCCAGGGUUUUUUGUAUUUAUUAGGGAAAGAAGUUAGGAUUUUUUUUUAAAGGGAGAUACUUUUAUUUCCAAAAUAUAUCACCAUUCUCAGAUUUUAUCUAAACAGAAAGGUAUGUUUCUUGCCUUCUACUUUGCUUAAGUUGCCAGAUGAUUUUUUUAAGAUCUUACUUGAGAAAAAUUGGAGAACUCUUGUUAUGAAGUAUCCUUAAUCUGUUAUUUCUAGAAUUCAGGAAAACUGGCAGUCUUCCCCCCAGAGGCAUUCUUGGGAAGCAAUAAGAUUCACUGUCUUGCUGCAUUUACCCAGAUGAUUAUCAAGAAAUCCCAUUCUCGGGAAUCUUGAAUUAACUGAGCUCAUGAGAUGAAAUGUGCCUGUUUUUGCAUUGGAAAAGCACCACAUUCCGUCCCUGUCCUCCUAGGGUGCCAAGUUGUGAAUACUAAUGUGUUGAUUUGAGAACUCACAGCUAUUUGAUUGCUCUAAGUUGCUUGCUUUGUAAGAAAAGUGCUUGAAGCAUCUGUCUUUACAAUAGGGAAUGAUCUUGCCAGUGGGGCUGGAAUGCUCAGUGCUUUGGUCUGAAUACCAUGCAUCCAACUCUACUUCACAAUGUGGAUUUGGACACAGCCAGCUUUUGCCUCUGACUUCCCUUUUUCUAUUCUGUAAUGGAUUCUUCUGACAGGUUCUUUAGGUUAAUAAGCAAGAUAUGUUGAAGGUUUGCUUGGCUAGGAGUUAAUUCUUUUCUCAUAAAAGGUGACAACCCAUUGGCUGUGAUCCAUUAAUCUCAAAAAUAAAUUUUGAGGGCUGUCUAAUUUUGUUUCUUUGCAAGUUUGGGGAGGAAACCUCACUUAAAACCCCCUGAGAAUUGGCAUUUCAGUUUAGUACUUGGUUUAAUUUAAUUUGUCUGUUGUUUUUGUUAGGUAAUGAGUACAUUGUUAUUUUUAAGGUGCAUUUGUUUUUCAAGCAGCUUCACUUGGUUUGAAAAACUUCACAUGUACUCAUCUGUUGUCAUCAGUGAUUGGAAUUUCAUUUUCUGAAUGUACUCAAAACUUCCAAUUUAAUAGGAUGUUUGCUGAUAGAAGAUCCGUAACAGGAAUGUUUAUGGCAUGAAAUAGUCAUUGAAUUUCAGCUUCUUCAUUUCCAUACAAGGAAUUAAUAAAAUUUGCUUACUGACAACAUAAA